GCCAACCAUUCAGUUAACGAACGAAACGAAAAGCGAGCGGAUAUCGACUCGGCACCGAAGUGAAAUCUAGAUAUAAAAAACAAAAAUAAAAGCCAUUAAAAGAGCCCAAUCGCUGGGUUAUCGGAAAAUAAACGUCGCGAAAUUAAUUGUCCAGCUCGAUCGUUCAGUUGGCCAACGGACGUCGUGUAUAUCAAAAGUGCACUCGACCCAAACGUUCGAUCGAAUUGAAUUCCGCAUUCGGGGCGUGGGAAUAUAGCUAUUAAAGCAACCCCUAUCUACUAUAUCAAACAGUCGCUGCAAUAUGUAUCCACCACCAGCGCCGAGCAUCAAGCACUUUGGCUCACUGAGAACAGCCGUACUUUGGGCCGGAAUUCUCGGAGUGGCUCAGUCUCUUAUCUGGAUGGGCUUGACCAUUACAGCGAUAUGCGCCUUCAACUGCGUGGUGUACAUCACGGACUAUCUUAGCUAUGGCACCAUGGUCAAGACAGUAUUCUUCGACCUAUACUUCAAGGGCGGAUGCAGAAUGAGCCCCAACGAUUACCAGAACUACGACCAAACUAUUCUGAAUACAGUGAGCACCGUUUUUGAUCCCAGUCAGAUGUUGAUAUGGGAUUCCGUGUACUUGGGAGUAUCGGUCUGCUGGCUCAUCGUCUCCAUUGUGCUACUACUGUGGGUGCGCAAGGACAAUCCAAAGCAGACUCUGGCAGCCAUCUACACCUGGGCCUUCUUCGUGGCCGCCAUCUGCUGCAUGGAUGUAGCUUCUGGAGUGAUCUUCGGAGUCGAUUACGGACGCUUCAAUGAUGCGGCUCUGACAUACAAUGCCAAUAGUAUUAAUGCUGGUACAAUAGAACCGAUGGCUGCCACUUUAAUCGCCGGUGCAGUGGCUGCGAUAUCCAUGAUGAUCAUCUCCUUCAAGGGAUUCGUUCUGUGGUUCAUCAACUUCGGACUGCUCGUUUACCUCCUCAUGAGAGCCACUCGCAUUGCCACCGAUAAGGAUGGUUUGGAUACUUUGUUCAAUCCUCGCAAGGAUUCAAAUGAUAUUUUGACCACCAGGGCGCCGAUCCGCGCCUACGAAGAAGAGAAGGUUGAGAUCCAGGCGUAUAACAAUGCUGCCUAUGUUCCGGAAACCCGCUCCAUGGCGGAAACCAUCGAGGUGAACGAGGACGCCAUUGUCCGUGCGGCUCACAUGUCGAUGGACGCGACUCUGAUGGAUCGCCGCUUCCGGGACAUAAAUGCCUUCCAGCAGUAUCCGGCUCCCAAUCCGCAGGCCAGUCGCCCAGUGCGUCAGUCCUCGCAGGUUCCGGUUCAGGAGACCGUCGUGGUGGCCACCUCGGGAUUCCCCGUGCCCGACUAUUCCCCGCAGCCCAGUCCCAAUGGCAUUUUGCGGACCCACCAGUACUAAGCCUAUUGGCGCCCCGAAAAGUCACCUCUUCCAUAAUAUAAUUCUCAAAUAAUCCCCCAAGUGACAGCUAAAGUUAGUUCAAAUUUUAUCAGCAUGAACAAAUGUUCAGUGUGUUGUUUUUAUUUAUUUGCAUGUUAAUAACAAAAUAUGUGUGCAGUUGUAAAUAUAUGAAAUCGUUUUAGUUGUUUGCACCACCAGUGGAA